GGUGGGGUAACUUCAGAAACUCUGCUGCCCUCUGGACUGUCAAAACUGUCCGCUUCUGGUUGUUGUUUACUGAGGAAAAUGGCGGCCGGCGUGAGGCAGGAGCUCGCCCAGCUCAUGAACUCCAGCGGAUCUCACAAAGACCUGGCUGGAAAAUACCGCCAGAUACUGGAGAAGGCUAUACAGUUUACAGAUGCUGAGCAGCUUGAGGCGCUGAAAGCAUUUGUUGAAGCUAUGGUCAAUGAAAAUGUCAGUCUGGUCAUAUCAAGACAGCUACUGACUGACUUCUGCACGCAUCUUCCAAGUUUACCUGAUAGCACAGCUAAAGCUGUCUACCACUUUACCCUUGAGAAGAUUCAGCCAAGAGUCAUCUCCUUCGAAGAGCAGGUGGCUUCAAUUAGACAGCAUCUAGCCACUAUAUAUGAAAAGGAAGAGGACUGGAGAAAUGCUGCCCAGGUUUUAGUGGGUAUACCGUUGGAGACGGGACAGAAGCAGUACAAUGUUGACUACAAAUUGGACACUUAUCUGAAGAUCGCCCGACUGUACCUGGAGGAUGAUGAUCCUGUUCAGGCUGAGGCCUACAUCAAUCGUGCAUCUUUACUCCAGAAUGAGUCAACCAAUGAACAGCUGCAGAUCCACUAUAAGGUAUGCUACGCUAGAGUGCUGGACUAUCGAAGGAAAUUCAUUGAAGCAGCUCAGCGCUACAAUGAGCUUUCAUAUAAAUCCAUUGUCCAUGAGAGCGAACGCCUGGAGGCCUUGAAACAUGCUCUCCACUGCACUAUUCUGGCAUCUGCAGGGCAGCAACGUUCCCGUAUGCUGGCCACACUAUUCAAGGAUGAACGAUGUCAGCAGCUGGCUGCCUAUGGCAUCCUAGAGAAAAUGUAUUUGGAUCGAAUAAUUCGGGGAAAUCAGCUGCAGGAAUUUGCUGCCAUGCUAAUGCCGCACCAGAAAGCUACCACAGCAGAUGGUUCAAGUAUCUUAGAUCGAGCAGUCAUUGAGCACAACCUGUUGUCUGCCAGCAAGCUGUACAAUAACAUAACAUUUGAAGAAUUAGGAGCACUUUUAGAGAUCCCACCAGCAAAGGCAGAAAAGAUUGCUUCGCAAAUGAUAACAGAGGGCCGUAUGAAUGGCUUCAUUGACCAAAUAGAUGGUAUUGUCCACUUUGAGACACGAGAGCCCCUACCCACCUGGGACAAGCAGAUCCAGUCACUCUGCUUUCAGGUAAACAACCUUCUGGAGAAAAUUAGUCAGGCAGCACCAGAGUGGACAGCACAAGCCAUAGAGGCCCAGAUGUCUCAAUAAACCUUCUACUCCUAGUCGACCCAGCCACUUUCUGAGAUCUCACCAUCUUUAGGUCAAAAAUUGCAGAGACAUUUUCCAAAGACUCUUAUCAAAAUGUGGACCGUGAGCAGGCCUUCUGAAUACUCUGUUAAGAUGUUGCUUUGUAAGCAGUUGGAUUUCCGCAGCACGUAUGAUCACAGUGACUGUUUUGGGUUUUGAGGCUCAUAUCAUAUUAACAUGGACAUAGUAUGUGAAGAUGAUUUGAUGUCUUAAUAAACCUUUGUGUAAAUCUA